AUGAAUCACAAUGACAAUAGGGACGCGUACUCUCAACUAGGCAAAUCUCUUAUCCAAAGACAUUCCGAUCAGCUCUCUACACAACUAGCAGUAUUCCAGUCGGCCCUCGUCAACUUCGCCAAUAGUCAUGGUGACGAGAUCAAGCUGAAUGCUGAAUUCAGAAACAAAUUCACACAAAUAUCCCAACUGAUUGGGUUGGAUCCAUUAGAAUUGCUACUAUCUACAACCAAGAAUACAAAAAGUAGUAAUUUCCAUGUGGCAUUGGCUGUUCGAAUUGUCGAAGUUUGUCAACUGACACGAGAUCUUAAUGGUGGAUUAAUCUCACUUAAGGAAUUGAAAUCAAUCUUGCAGGAUACCCAUAAUAUCAGUAUUGAAGUCAGCGAAGGUGACAUUGAACAAGCAUUAGGUAUGUUGGAUACAUUGGGAAAGGGAUACCAAGUUUUGACCAUAAAUGAUAAGAAAUGGCUCAAGUUUACUUCUGCCAAUGGGGAUGGGAUUUCCCAAGAUGAGAAGAAAGUAUAUGAACUAUGUGGAUUUAUGGGUGGAUAUGUCACUUACAGGUUAUUACGAGAUAAUUACGGAUGGGACAAGGUAAGAUGCAAGACAGUUAUAGAAGAAAUGAUUAUGAAUGGAUUCCUUUGGGUUGAUAAUCAAGGAUCCAAGGGCGAAUUACAAUUUUGGGAACCCUCUUGGAUAUCUAAUUAA